UGUUAAACAUGGCUUCUCAUCUGUCAGGUGGGAAAGUUAAUGUGGCGCUAGUACAAGAAUUGGCCAGGAAAGAAUUACUUCAGCUUUUGGGAAAGUGCGACGGUAGUAAGGCAAUGGUAUGGGAUGAAUCACUGGCAGGACCAGUGGGUCUUGUUGCAAAAUAUGAUCUGUUACGGGAGAAUGAAGUACUGAAAAUGUUCCCAUUAAGAGCUGGCCACCUCCCACCUUCUCCUGUAAAGAAUAUCAUAUUCAUAACAAGACCACAGUUACAUCUGAUGGACUUGGUUGCUGACAACAUAUAUGGGGAAGAACGAUCAGGUGGGUGCAGGAAGGAAUUCCAUUUAUUCUUUGUUCCACGGAAGAGUCUGCUAUGCGAAAAGUGGCUAAAGAAUCGGGGUGUGUAUGGAAACUUUGCUUUAAUUGAGGAAUUUGCCUGUGAUCUCUUUCCUUUUGAUAGUGACCUGAUGUCAAUGGAGUUGGAAUCAGCUUUCAAAGAAUAUUAUUUGGAGAAUGAUCCGACAUGCUUAUACCAAGCAGCUCAAGCAAUCAUGACCUUGCAAAGUCUGUUUGGUGUUAUCCCUCGAGUAUCAGGCAAGGGACCAGCAGCCAAACAAGUAUGGGAUUUGAUGUGUCGCAUGGCCCGUGCAAAACAAGAUACUGAGAGACCUGGGCUCAUACCCCAAUCCCAAAUAGAUCACCUGUUGCUCGUGGACCGAGGAGUAGAUCUACUCUCUCCUCUUGCUACACAGCUCACAUAUGAGGGGCUCAUCGAUGAGAUUUUUGAGAUCAAUAAUAGGAUAAAAAUUUCAAUGCUGUUGGUCCAGCACUGAGCCGUAAAGCAAAGUUGAUCUCAUCACAGUUUGAAGAACGUCAUGGAGAAAAAACGGUGCAAGAAAUUAAACAGUUUGUUGCUCGACUACCGCAUAUGAUGGCUACCAAAGCAUCACUAGCAACUCAUACAACAAUUGCUGAGCUAAUUAAGGAAGUGACUGAUUCUAACAGUUUUUUGGAAUCGUUGCAAACAGAACAGGAGUUUAUGAAUGGUAUUGACACAGAUAAAGUGCAUCCAUAUAUUGAAGAUUGUAUUGCACAGAAGGAACCUCUGAUCAAAGUUUUGAGACUUGUCUGUAUGCAGUCAGUGACAAACAGUGGUUUGAAACCCAAGGUUCUGGAGCAUUACAAGCGAGAAAUCAUACAGACAUAUGGUUUCCAGCACAUCUUAUCCCUCACAGGCCUGGAAAAUGUUGGUCUAAUCAAAUUGCAGCAAGGUGCACGACAGUACACUAUUCUGCGGAAGACUCUUCGAUUAACAGUGGAAGAUGGAAGCGAGAUAACACCAACAGACAUCAGUUAUGUGCAUAGUGUGUAUGCUCCAUUGAGUGUUCGUCUGGCUCAGUAUUUGGUACGCCCCAAUGGCUGGAAGGGUUUGCAGGAUGUUCUGGGACUGCUUCCAGGACCCACAAUUGAGGAAAGUCAGUCACUACCAGCUGGUCAUGGACCUCGUAGAGGAUCCAUCAGCAGUCAGUAAUCACAGAAUGAUACACCGAGGGUGGUGCUAGUGUUUUUCCUUGGUGGUUGCACCUUUGCUGAAGUCUCAGCUCUGCGCUUCCUCUCUCAGCAAGAAGAUUCAUCCGUAGAGUUUGUGAUUGUUACUACAAACCUUAUAAAUGGGAACACAUUCCUCAAGUCCCUGAUGGAGCCACUGGGGCCAGACCUUCCACCUCCAAGACAGUGAGGAGCAUUAACAACUAGAAAUGAUGAAUUACAAGCAUCUUGAUAGAGAUAUUGGUAGCAUGAUGUGUACAUGUGGCGGCAGCUGACAUCAUUUCUCAGUUGUACUGACGUAAUUAAAACAUUAUCUACUCCAGGAUGUAUACAUCCUGUGGCAGUGAACUUCC